AUGUCCUCCUCAACUACUGGUAAGCCAAUCGAAUGUACUGCCGCCGUUGCAUACGAACCAAAUAAGCCAUUAACAAUUGAAAAGAUUUUUGUCGAUCCUCCAAAGUCUCAUGAAGUCCGUGUUAAAGUCAAAUAUGUUGCAUUAUGUCAUACUGAUGCAUACACCUUAAGUGGUGCCGAUCCAGAAGGCCUUUUUCCAUGUGUCUUGGGUCAUGAAUGUGCUGGUAUUGUUGAAUCCAUUGGUCCAAAUGUUACCAACGUCAAAGUGGGCGAUCAUGUCAUUUUAUUGUACACUGCUGAAUGUGGGGAGUGCAAGCUUUGUAAAUCUGGUAAGACCAAUCUCUGUAAUUCCGUUCGAGCCACUCAAGGUAAGGGAGUUAUGCCUGAUGGUACGAGUAGAUUUCAUGAUAAAAAUGGCAAAACUUUAUAUCAUUUUAUGGGCUGUUCUGGCUUUAGCGAAUACACCGUCGUUGCUGAUGUUUCGUUGGUUGCUAUUGAUCCUCAGGCUCCAUUGGAUAAAGUGUGUUUAUUAGGUUGUGGUAUCACCACUGGGUUUGGUGCUGCCAUUAAAACUGCUAAUGUUCAAAAAGGCGACAACGUUGUAAUUUUCGGUGCUGGUGCUGUUGGUUUGAGUGUGGUUCAGGGGGCUAAAUUAAGGGAGGCCGGAAAAAUCAUCGUUGUCGACGUUAACGCUAAUAAGAAAAACUGGGCCACACAAUUUGGUAGUACAGAUUUUAUAAACCCUAAUACUGAUUUGAAAAAGGGACAAACCAUUGUUGAUAAAAUAGUUGAAAUGACUGAUGGUGGUGUUGACUACAGUUUUGACUGUACUGGUAAUGUUAAAGUUAUGAGAGAUGCCUUUGAAUGUUGCCAUAAAGGCUGGGGUAAAUGUGUUCUUAUUGGUGUGGCUGCUAGUGGCCAGGAAUUUUCUACUAGACCUUUCCAUUUUAUUAUUGGUAAAGUUUGUACUGGUUGCGCAUUUGGAGGGUUUCAUGGUAGAUCUGAAAUGGGUGGUUUGAUUAAAGAUUAUCAGGAAGGUAAGUUAAAAGUUGAUGAAUUUAUCACUCAUAGAAGAUCAUUUGAUGAGAUAAAUACCGCAUUUGAAGAUUUGCAUACCGGUGAAUGUUUAAGAACCGUUUUAAACUAUGAUUGA